UUUUUUUAGGGUACUUCAAUGAACAAGGAAAUAGAUAUAUAAAAAACGAUUUCUAGAUGCGUUACCGAGGAUGAGCAACACAAUAACAUCGGCUACAUUUAUUCGAAACCUCAACUAUGGGGUUCGACGAAAACUGUCUGACUUAUUGGACCCUCAAGACAGCUGGAAAGACGUUAUUGUUUCAAUACAUAAACCUACAGGGGAGCCGAGGUACUCUCAGCAACAUCUAAGGUAAUGUGCCAAUCAGCUACUUCUCUGACGGCAGUGACACCAUCGCCAUCAUAACAAAUUGUUACCUUCUAUCAAGCCUGCAUGAUAUUUUGUAAUGUUUUGGGUUGUUUCCCUUUUCUACUGCUCUACUCUUGAACAAACCUUCAUAUAACAGGCGAUUUGAAGCAGUAGUUUUACAGGGAAGAAGUCCUACCAUGGAGCUACUGAAUGACUGGGGGACAUCUAACAGCACCGUGGGAGAGUUAGUGGACAUUCUGAUGAGCCACAGGUUAAUGGCUGCAGCCAGUAUUAUGCUACCAGGUUGGGUACUACAGUAGGCAAUAUGCAUUAGAUCAAGGACGUUCUAGUAUAUUGACUGGCAGUUCAUCUCUAGUAUUUAUUUCCACAUUGCCCCGUCAUUAUUUGUAUCUAAAUUCUAUGUUUUACCCAGAUGCAAUCAACAACCCCCGUCCAGCAGUCCCCCAGCCACCUGAUUCUCCCAGAGACAAAGGGAUGGUAGGCAACAGUGAUGCUGCAACCAGACCCCUGGGGAGGACAAAGGAACAGCCACCACCAGACAGCACCUCAGAGCCACAGGAGGACCAGGAACCCAAUGGCACUGCAGGUUUUCUCCGGCUUUCUUUCCACGAGCUGAAGAAGAUAACUGGUCAUUUUGACGAGAGGCCAGUGAGUGACGGCGGGAGCAGACUUGGUGAGGGAGGCUUUGGAACGGUCUACAAAGGCCUCAUCAAUGGCAAACCCGUGGCAGUGAAGAAACUACACUCAAUGGAAGACAUCUCACUUGAAGAGCUGAGCGUUCAGUUCAUUCAAGAGGUCCAGACUCUUAUGGUGUUGAAACACGAAAACCUAGUGGACAUGGUUGGCUUUUCACGUGAUGGCCAUCACCCCUGUUUGGUGUAUGCUUACAUGUCCAAUGGUUCGUUGUUAGAUCGUCUGGCUUGCUUGGAUGGUAGCCCUCCUCUUUCCUGGCACAGGAGAUGUUUGAUCGCUGUGGGAACAGCCAGAGGCUUAGAUUAUCUGCACAGCAACCACCAUGUCCACAGAGAUGUCAAGAGUGGUAAUAUUUUGCUGGAUGAAUUGCUUGUGCCGAAGAUCUCCGAUUUUGGGCUGACCCGAGCCUCAGCCACGCGAUCGUCAGCGACAGUGAUGACAGAGAGGAUUGUGGGUACAACAGCAUACAUGGCAAACGAGGCACUCAGGGGCGAGAUCACUCCUAAAUCUGACAUCUACAGUUUUGGAGUGGUGUUGCUCGAAAUAUUGUCUGGACUCCCGCCAGUCGAUGAAAACCGCGAUCCCAAGUUCCUGAUGGAGAUGAAAGAUGAGAUUGAUGAGGAGGAGAUGGCCCUGGAGGACUUUGUGGACAAGAAGAUGACAGACUGGGACCUGCCAUUGGUGGAGAGGACCUACUUCUUAGCCAGCGACUGUCUCAGUGACAAGAAGAACAAACGGCCACCGAUGGAAGAGGUCCUGACAGAGCUUGAAGAUGUUGUCAAAAGCAUUUCACUGGAACAGCUGGGACCCCAGAGUGAAGCAUAGACAACAGGAAGAACGACUUUCCCUCACUCAUUCUCCUUAAGAAAAGGACCAAACAUGUUACACCAGUCUUUUGUAUUUUUUGCCAAGAUAAUGUUUUCCAUCUUUGUUGAAUUGCUUGAUAUGUACUGUAAGUAUAUCAGACAAGUGGCUGUAAAAGAAUAAAUAAAUAUAGGCCAUUCAGUAUGUGUGAUUUAAAUAUUUUUAUUAUCCUUUUUAAAAAUAAACAACUUAAGACCAAA